CAGCUCCUCACGGGAGGGAGCCGGUGUGUUAAGUGGGAGCCAGGGAGUGAGAAAGAGGGCCACAGAGGAAGAGAAGGUACCCACGCCUGCGUGCCUGUCCGUAGGCAGGCUUGGGCACAGACUUGUGGGUGGGCUGCUGGCCUGGCUGCCAGUAGGAGCGAGCAGAGGGAGCCAGAAGGAGGGAGCAAGAAAACCACGGAGGGGAGAGAGAGCACUCAGCCGGAACAGAGGAAGGAGAAAAUCCACGAGGGACAAGUGCAAGGCAUCUGAUCCAAGGAUACCCCUUGAAAGGAAGGAGAGUGACAAUCCUAAGUGGAGGGAGAGCAAGAAAACUCUGAGGGGGAAAGUAGGAGCAAAGCGGGGGGGAGGGGGGGGGGGCGGAGAAAAUACCCCCGGGAAAAGAAAAUACUCUGCUGGAAGAAGGGAACAAGAAAAUCCCACAGGGAGGAGUGUGGGGCAGGGGACUGCCUGAGGAGCACAGAGCCAGAGAGCACAGCAAGGGAAGGAAAGGAGGAAACGGAGCGAGAUUAAACCGGUCUGGAGUUUCGACGCAGUUCCCUCUCCCCUCCUCCGCUGGGGGCAACUUCACAGAAGAGGGGAACGAGUAAACAAGUUGGAGGGACGAGUGUACAGAUUGGAGACCAGGAAGGGAGAAGGGGCUGAUUCCGAACCAGCCGGCUCAGCACCAGGGCACCAGGGGAUUAGACCAGAGCACCUAGGACUCGGGCUGGCUGGAAGGAUUGGUCCACGGGUGCAAGCCAGCCUGAACCGGACUGAUUCUAUUGACCCAGUGCUAAGACCCGAGAGGCAGAGCCCUGCCAGGGUCUGAGGCCCAGAGCCCAGAAGCUGCCCCCCAGUCCAGAACCAACGAGCCGAAGCAGCCCCAGUGUCCCAGAAGCCUCAGCACUGCUCAGCCCCAGUGUGGUCCAGGUCCACCCACCAUGGAGGAUGGGGCACGGCGCCGAAGCGGUUCCGAGAAGGGCCCAGAUGGGCCAGAGGAGCCUGCAGGGGAUGCUGUAGCCCUCAAGAAGGAGAUUGGUCUGGUCAGCGCCUGUGGCAUCAUUGUGGGUAACAUCAUUGGCUCAGGGAUCUUCGUCUCGCCCAAGGGCGUGCUGGAGAAUGCUGGCUCCGUGGGGCUGGCCCUGGUGGUCUGGAUUGUCACGGGGCUUAUCACCGCGGUAGGGGCGCUAUGCUAUGCCGAGCUGGGUGUCACCAUCCCCAAGUCUGGCGGUGACUACUCCUAUGUCAAGGACAUCUUUGGAGGCCUGGCUGGGUUCCUCCGCCUGUGGAUCGCGGUGCUGGUCAUCUACCCCACCAACCAGGCAGUUAUUGCGUUGACUUUUUCCAACUACGUUCUCCAACCCCCAUACCCCUGCUGUGAGUCGGGAGUGAGGGCACUGGCAGGCAGCUGUGUGUUGCUGCUCACCUGGGUGAACUGUGCCAGUGUGCGCUGGGCCACACGAGUUCAGGACAUCUUCACAGCUGGGAAACUCCUGGCCCUAGGGCUCAUCAUCGUCAUGGGCAUCGUGCAAAUCUGCAGGGGUGAGUACUUCUGGCUGGAACCGCACAACGCCUUUGAGUUCUUCCAGACGCCUGAUGUGGGGUUGGUGGCACUGGCCUUUCUGCAGGGUUCUUUCGCCUAUGGAGGCUGGAACUUCCUUAACUAUGUCACCGAGGAGCUCGUUGACCCCUACAAGAACCUGCCCCUGGCCAUCUUCAUCUCCAUCCCGCUGGUGACCUUUGUGUAUGUCUUCGCUAAUGUGGCCUAUGUCACCGCCAUGUCGCCUCAGGAGCUGCUGGCCUCCAACGCCGUUGCUGUGACCUUUGGGGAGAAGCUGCUGGGCGUCAUGGCCUGGAUCAUGCCCAUCUCUGUGGCCCUCUCCACCUUUGGGGGCGUCAAUGGGUCCCUCUUCACUUCUUCCCGGCUCUUCUUUGCGGGGGCCCGUGAGGGGCACCUGCCCAGCUUGCUGGCCAUGAUCCAUGUGCGGCGCUGCACCCCCAUCCCUGCCCUACUCUUCACUUGCGUGUCCACACUGCUGAUGUUGGUAACGAGUGACAUCUACACCCUAAUCAACUAUGUUGGCUUCAUCAACUACCUCUUCUAUGGUGUCACAGUAGCUGGGCAGGUCGUACUGCGCUGGAAGGCACCCAACAUGCCCCGCCCCAUCAAGGUGAGCCUGCUGUUCCCGGUGGUGUACCUGCUGUUCUGGGCCUUCCUGCUGGUGUUCAGCCUGUGGUCGGAGCCAGUGGUGUGUGGCAUCGGUCUGGCCAUCAUGCUCACCGGUGUGCCUGUCUACUUCCUGGGUGUCCACUGGCAGCACAAGCCUCCUGCCUUUCACGCCUUCGUGGAUGCCCUGACACGUGCCAGCCAGAAGCUGUGCCUGGUGGUGUACCCCCAGAUGGACGUGGGCAGCGCUGAGAGCCAGGAGCAGCAGGAGCCCAUGUGCCAUGGUGGGGACCCUGAUGCUCCCCAGAACUAAGCACCCCCCUGGACUGCACCCCCAGCUGGGGCUGGAGCAGCUGGAUUUACCUUCCUCAGCCAGAGCUCCUGCCCCACAGCCUACUCCCCAGAGCCCUCUGCCCCUGGGAGCCUCCCCGCAAUCCUGGCCAACCAGUUCCACAGUGCCCCCACCAGCUACCACUCCUGCCCACACACUUCCCAGUGCUCCCCCUGGGGCUGGAACAGCAGGAUCUACCCCCACCCCUAGACAGUGCUUCUGCCCCACAGCCCGCCCCCCAGCACCUGCUGGAGCAGCUGGGUCUACCUCCCAGCCAGCACUCCUGCCCCACAGCCCCUCCCCCCAGGUACCCCUGUUGGAAAUCAGGUGUCAAGACUUCCCCCCAGUUCCUGCCUCAUGGCCCUCAAGGCACCCAGUCCUGGGGUGACACAGGCCAUUGCUCCUGCCUCACAGCUCCCCACCCAGUGCCACCUGCUAGGGCUAGAGCAGCUGGAUCUACCCCCACAGCUAGCACUCCUGCCCCACAGCACCCUAGGCGUGGGCUGGUGGGGCUGAGAGCCCCCCUCUGAAUCACAAUUGCCUUAUCCCCAAGGGGGGAAGAUCUUUGGAGGCCCCCAGUUAUUUGGGCGGGGGGGGGGUCUUCACCCCCUAGCUCUGAUGGCCUUGUCUUUUUCAUGGUGUUUCUCUGUGUUUGGAUGACAAUAAAUGGAACCGAAGGUACAUCUGCAGGCAGCUUCCGUGGGGCAAUCCCAGGAGAGUCCUGGGGGAGUGCAAGGGUGGGGAGGAGGAGGGGCAGGACCCCUGGACUGCCCCCUCACCUCACCAGUUGGGGACCUGACAUGCCAUUAUUAGUCCAACCUUGCCCCCUCGUGAGCACCAUUGGCCAUUGCAGCCUAUAGCUUCAGAUGCCAGUUGCAUCUACGCCCGCCCCACCCCGACCUGAGGCUACGGGUUGGGAGUGAAGGGCACUGGCUGGGCCAGAAGGGGCAGGGCCUGUGCCACAGAAGUGAGGGGCAUUGGUGGGGCUAGGGCUGUCAGAGCUGUGAGUCAGGAGUGAGGGGCAGUAGCUGGGCCAGAGGAAGCAGGGGGCUGUGGGUCUGGAGUGAGGGGCACCAGCUUGGCAAGGAGCAGCUGGUCAGGGGUGAGGAGCACUGGUAGGGCAAGGGGAGCAGUUAUUUGGUG